AUGAUAAAUAAGGAUAAUCCCUCAUAGAUUGAAGACGAGUUGCAUGAACUCUACACUUGGGUCGAUAGUGUUCCACUUUCCAGAUCGAAAACCAAGAUUGGCAAAGAUUUUGCAGACGGAGUUCUGAUGGCAGAAGUCGUUCAUCACUUUCUACCUAAAUAAGUCGAAUUAUAGAAUUAUAGCGAAGCUACUUCAUAUUAAUCUAAAUUAUCAAAUUGGAACACUCUUAAUACAAAAGUUUUCUAGAAUCUUGGCUUAUAAUUGACAUAAAAUGAUAUUGAACAGCUUAUCUCUGCAUAAAAUGGAGCCAUUGAACGCGUUUUAAAGAUUUUGAAACCUAAGAUUCUGAACUAUUAGGAUAUAGAAACUGUUGAACCGUAGAAAUCAUCGGCCACCAACAUUUCUAUAAAUAACAACCAAUCCACAAUACAGGAUUUGGAAUAAAAAAUAGCAGAUUAAUAAGAUAUCAUAGCCAUUCUAGAACUAAAAAUAAACAAACUUCAACAAUUAGUUAAGCUUAAAGAUAAUAAAAUAUAGGCAUUCUCAUCAAAACUUUAGGAUUUGGGUUUCAGGUUUUGA